AUGUUGAUAAAGGACGACUACGACGAGGACGACGAAGACGACGAAGACGACGAAGACGACGUGAAGACGACGAGGACGACGAAGACGACGAGGACGACGACGACGAGGACGACGAGGACGGUCGAUGACAAGAGCAAUUCACGGAUCAAUGGGAUUGGGAGAAGAGCAGCUGUCGUCCGACCUAUUCUCAACAACAAAGAAAAGGAAAAGGAGAAACCUCAACCCGUCUCUCUGGAGGAAAUUCAACAGGUCAAAGCGAUGCAAUCGGCAGAAAAGGUUGAAGAACAAAAUAUGAUGCAGCCGAUCAGCAGUCAAGAGCGUGUCGACUACAACCCCGGCUUGACGGAUCAAUUGCCACAGGCCACUUAUAACUAUAUAAUUCCCAAUCGAAUAUUU